AUGCAGAGCCUGGACGCCAACAGCAACCAGCACGAUGCCCUAACGCAACGCACUGGCGGUAGGGAGAUCUCUCUCGAGGUGUUGCUGAGUGCCACCAAGCUCAGUGUGGGCAAGAAGGAGCAUCUCUCUCACUACCUCAAGCGGAUCACGCACCUGGCACUCAACGGAGAUGCCAGCAAAGCCUUAAUGAAAGGUGGCAAUAACACUGAUGCUAUCCGUAAGAUCCAGAACCUGCACUACUGCCCCAAUUUGAAGGUGCUUUACCUCUAUGACAACGAGAUAGAGGUUAUCGAGAACCUCGACGUGGUUCCACAGCUUACCCACCUCCAUCUACAAGGCAACUGCUUGCAAAGAAUUGAGAAUCUGGAGCCUCUGAGGCUACUAGAGAAGCUGUACCUCGAGAAAAAUAGCAUUGUGCGGCUCGAGGGUCUGACGACUUGCUCGCGGUUGCAGGAACUGUACUUGGCGAAUCAACAUGUGCCUCUUGACACGCAGUUUUUGUUCGAAGAGGACACGAUCCUGGCCGGAUCUCUGCGAGUAUUGGAUCUUUCCAAUUGCCGUGUGGUCUCCACUAAGUCGCUUACCCUACUGCGCUGCUUAGAGCAACUUGACCUUUCCAAGAACCUCAUCAGCGACCUGGAAGAGGUUUUUGCGCUAGUUGGUGGCGUCUCGUCGCUGGUAGAACUGGAUCUACGAGGCAACGAGGUUACUGGAACCCCAAAGUACCGUGAAAAAACCAUUACCUUCUCCUCCACACGCUUAGCGUUGCUGGACAAGAAAGACAUCGAUCCAAACCAGCGACGGAUGAUGCAGUCGCACCUUGCGCACAAAUACAGGAAGCGUCUUGGACCAAGUUCUCGUCGUUUGAGUCCGUCGUCGAGUGAGGGAGGACGAAGUGAUUUAAACAGCGGGCCAAGCGAAUCAACACGAAAGCUAAAACAUGGGGUUACUGUUCGCCACCUUCGCAGUAUGCAGUUCACAUCGACUCAGUCGAAGUUCCAAUGUGAUAGCGAUGCUCUAGGGAUUGCGGGUGCGUCCUGCAAUCCGAACAGCACGGCUUUAUUGAAAUUCUCCAAUAGCAAGUAUCACUGA